UGGUCGCUGCGGUCUGGAGGAAGGGAGCAGACGGGGUGCUGGGAUUGGAAGGAGGGCUGCUUGUUGGCAGGGAUCAGGGGUCCACCCACCAGAGGCAGGGUCAGGAUCCUCAAAGGGGCGUCUUGGGAGGGAGAGACGCAGGGUGUUCCUUGUUUAGGAAUAAGUGGAUGGUCCGAUAGCAGGAGAUAGUGGGAUUGAGGCAGAAAUCCAGGCUGGAGUCAGCAUUGAUUAGAGGACAGCCAGAAACAACCUGGUGGCCCAGGAGACAGGCAGGGGCAGCCGUCUGAGGAACUGUGGCUAGUUAGUCGGCCCCUCAAUCUAGAUGGGCUGGUUCCAUGAUAAUCAAACCCCCUGUAGAGGGCGUCCACCACUGCAGCAGCCUGAGUGGGUGUGAACGCUCAGGGAGCAGAGUCCUCAACCGGCAGAGGAGACAGACCUAGUUCCCCAGCUGGGGAAGGUGAUACCGAGGUUUAGGGCUGGAGUGCAUUCUUCCGAGGCUGAGAGGGGAGAUUCAAAGAGAAGUCUUCCGGGAUGGUCAGCCCGUGAGCGCUGGUGAGCCAGCCAGCUGGUUGUCGGGAGAAACCGGUUCUAACGGAGCCAGCUGGGUGCCCCACUCGGCGGUCAGAUACUGAGAGUGUCAGUUGGAAGCAAUCGGUGUCUUCCAGACAAAGAGACAGCCAGAGAGGGUCAGUUAGAUGUGCUGACUGCCAGGGAGAAACAGGCAUCUCGCCCUGCCUUUAGUUAGGGACACUUGGGUGCUCAGAGACGGGCAGACAGCCUGUUGCCUGAAGAUGGGGAAGUCAGCCUGAGCCAGCCGAAGGGUCAGUUGGGGCAUCAUGUAGCCAGCAGGCUGGAGGUGGCUGGUGUGUCGGGGAGCAGAGAUGGGCAGCUGAUGGAUCGCACAGUUGGAGACAGUGUCAGGUGGUCAGCCUGACCAACACGCAGGGCCAGUCAUAGGCUCAGCCAGACCAUCAGAGGCUGGCAGGAAGCUCAGAUGGCCGGUGGGCUGUUGGUCUGAGCAGAGCCACGCACCCGGUGGUUAGUCACUUGGGCAGUCUGAUUAUCAGGACGGCAAGCCAGGGACAGUGCAGGGAGCCAUUUGGACUUAGGGCUGUCCUGCCUUGCACGGCCACACAGACUCUGUCGGGAGACCCCCAGAUGCUCAGUGCCCAGAGACGGCCAAGCCCUUGGACAUCCAGCCUCUCCGUCCUCCCACCUGAACGGCCUGAUGGCAGCCUCCCAGCUGGCAGCACUGGGAGGAACAGAGUCAGGGGCCGGGCAGCUGCCCCUGACCGAGGCCACUCCCAGCUUCCUGUAUUCCGAGGGCCAGAGGCUGGCGCUGGAGGCUCUGCUGAGCCAGGGUGCGGAGGCGUUUGAGGCCUGCGUGCAGCGCGAGGGGCUGCGGCCCUUCCUGAGUGGAGAUGAGCUCCGGGGCCUGGUGGCGACGGCUGAGGACUGGACGGCAGCGAAGCAGGAGCCUAGCAGGGCAGCAGAGGGAGCCACCGCCACCGAUGGGGGCUUGGGCAGCCUGACCUACUGGCCUGGACAGUCAGAGGAGCCGGUGCCCAUGCUGCGGCUGGGCUGGCCGGAGGACUCAGCCUGGAAGGGUAUCACCCGGGCACAGCUGUACACGCAGCCACCUGGCGAGGGCCAACCGUCCCUCAAGGAGCUGGUGCACCAGGAAAUCCAGGCCGCCCACAAGCUGGUGGCCGUGGUCAUGGAUGUCUUCACUGAUCCAGACCUGCUUUCGGACCUGGUGGAUGCUGCCACACGCCGCUGGGUGCCCGUCUACCUGCUCCUAGACCACCAGCAGCUGCCUGCCUUCCUGAUUCUGGCCCAGCAACUGGGGGUGAACCCCUGGGCCACUGAGAACCUGGACAUCCGAGUCGUGCGGGGCUGCAGUUUCCAGAGCCGUUGGUGUCGGCAGGUGAGCGGCAAUGUCCGGGAAAAGUUUGUGCUGCUGGACGGCGAGAGGGUCAUCUCAGGAUCCUACAGCUUCACAUGGAGUGACUCACGCCUGCACCGUGGCCUGGUGACCCUGCUGACCGGUGAGAUCGCCGAUGCCUUCAGCCGAGAGUUCCGGACACUCUAUGCGGCCUCCUGGCCGCUCCCGCCCGCGCCCACCCCGGGUCCCUUUGUCAGAGCCCUGGGGGGGUUGCAGCUGGCCUACAGCCCGCAUCACGUGGCCCGCCGCUGCUCCGUGGCCCCCCUGUUGCCGCCACCACUGCCUGAUGGCUCGCUGGCCCAACGCCUGGCCGCCUGCCGAGUCUUCGAGGGGGACAGGCAGGAGACCCUGGCCAAGCCAGGGCCAGCUCUUAGCGACAUCCUGAGGAGUGUACAGCGAGCCUGGACCCCCAGUGGCCCCCUCGCCCAGCACAGCCGCUCCCUAUGGGACCUGAGCCGCCUGUCCCAGCUGUCAGGCUCUAGUGACGGUGACAAUGAGCUCAAGAAGUUCUGGGGCUCCAAGGACACCCCAGCCAAGGCUCUGAUGAGGCAGCGGGGCGCUGGAGGGGCCCCCGGUGGUGAGGCGGACUCCGGUCCGCUGGCCCCGUCCCAGCCCUGGGGUGGCCCCUUGCCUCUCAUCCCUGCCCGCCGCCUCCACCAUCCGUCCCCGACCCGAAGGCGGUUUGGUGAAGAUGCUGCCUCCAAACUCCCAGAACCCAGAGGCAUCCGGCAGCCAGACCGGGCCGCCCAGCCAGGACUCAGGGGGCGGCGCUGACAGGAGCCGAAGCCAAAUGGGGCUGGCCCCGUCCCAAGACAGUCGGACAACUGUUGCUCAAAGCCCCCCUGCCUCACUGUUGUACCUUGAACAAGGCUCUGACCUCAGUGUCUGGGAAGUGGAAGGGAUUUUUUUUGUUUUUUCUUUUCUUUUCACUUGUUCUAGAACUUGGACAAGCCCGGUGCUCACUCUAGACCUCAUUGUCACAGCCUAGAAAAUGGGCAUAAGGUCUCCACUAGCUGGCAUCCUAGAACAGCACACAUCGUGUUCCGGCCAGGUCAGAACUUCUCUGAGGAGAGGCCUGGCUGAGUGGCCCCCAUGCUGGAAUUGUGUGGAGUGAAGAUGGGGCGUCCCUGGGGCUGAGGG